GCCACAUGACCAUGGGAUCAUAUUUGACAACGCUGGCUCUUUAGCUUAGUAACGGAGAUGAACACUGCCCCCUACAGUCAGACACAACAUGACAAUAAUGUCAAAGGGAAAACCUUUACCUUUAGUUUGUAUGAAGUACUGUUCUGUAUUUCCUUGUUAAAUUAUAUUUUCAAUGUGUUUAAUCUGUUUUAAUUAUGUUUUUUGGAAAAAUAUAAUAUAAUUAUUUAAUUCAUUUUUAAACUUAUGUAACAUAGAACUUUAACAUAUCCUUGUCUGAAAUUUCUGUAACCUGCCUUGUAUCCCACCUCAGGAGAAAGGCAAGGUAUAAAUGUAGAAAGUAAAUAGAUAAAUAAGCACAAGUCAGGGAAAUAAGGUGUUCAUAGCUGGGGUAAAACUGGAAGCAAUGACAGUGUUGUGAAGGAGUAUUAUUCUAUUCAGCAAAGAGUUUAAUGGCACCUGAUGCCAAAUGGCAUCUGAUGAAGUGGGCUGCGGUCCACAAAACUAAUUCCAUAUAAAAUUUGUUAAUCUUUAAUGUAACACAAGAAUCUUUGUCACUUUCUUGCAACAAACUAAUAUGUCUACUCUUCCCCACCAAACUAUUAGGCUGUAUUUGUAUUUUUCAAAUACAAUGGAUUGUUUUGGAAACUUACCAAGAAUACUCAGGUUGGGGGGGGGGAUCUGUAAUGGAAGGUAAGAUUCCUUGAAAGAGAACUUGAAUUAUACCCACCACUAAGCAGAUCUUCACAACAAUGUAUAUUUGCAGUUGGGUGAUUCUACAACUUGUUCCCAAUUCAUGUUUUGGUUUGCAUACACGGCACUUGUCGAAGCCAUGGCUUGCAACUCUACUUCAAGCCAUUAUUUUCCAUCUUGUUUGCAGUUUGUAUGAUGAGAUAGCUAAAAAUAACCAGAUGUAGAACUUCAAAAUGUACUAAUAAAAUAAAAUAUCAAAUAACUACCUUAACUGUAAUAUUAAUCAUAUAAUUCAUUCUAUUCACAAUGCUGAGAAAUUCAGUACAGAACUUAAAUACUAUCGAAGAUAUCACAAAAAUGAUACAGUUCUUGUUUAAACAACAGAAAUGAGAAACAGUCACCAUCGCUCACAUACUCUCAGAUUUCUGGUGUUCUAGAUGAGGCUCAGCAAAACUAAUUUUCUGGACUGAGCAACUGAACAAAUUGACAUUUCUCUGACUUAUAGCAACUAAGCAGUUGUAUGAGAAUAAUUUGGCUUUGGGGAAUACAGACCAAUCAGAUAGUUUUAUGAUUCUUCAGCAAACCCCAAAGGAUGAGGAAGCAAACCUAAAGAUUAAUUUGUCUGGGGAUUUCUUGACGCAAUACAAUAUAGUACAGUUUUUGUUUCUAUGUAAAGAAACUUCUUCAUGAAUACAAGGAAGAAAUUCAGAAUUUCACAAUCUUGGCAGAAAACCAAUGUCACCAAAUGUCAAAGAAAGGGAUUGUUUUGAAAACAAGCAUAUCAUAUAUAGCAAGAAGAUUAACAGCAAACUAGGAGCCAAACAAACUAGCGAGUCACUGAUGCUUUAAAAACUUAUAUGGGUUUCAGAGAAAACCCUGUCUUCCAAUGAGCCCAAUGAAGGCAUUGCUUAUGCAUGCUGAAUAAACAUCAAAGGAAAGGAGGUGUUAUUCCCCUGUUUCCCUUUCUCUCUAGUUGCACCAACUCCUAUAUGCAGAUGGUGUUAAGUCUGAAGAGGAAAGUCUCCUAUGUCUAGGGAUGCUCUCUGAUGCUGAAAUCCUGGAAAAUCACAUUUCCCACUCAUGUGCAGAAACUCCAUAGAAAAUGGAUGCUCUCUGGUUCAAAAUGUUACCUUCCAUGUGUAGGAGAGCAACAGAAUUGAUUGUGGAGGAGACAAGGCUACACAUUCCUUCUCUUCACAUGUUUGUUUAUCAUGCUUCAACAACGUCUAAAUGUGACUAUCACAUUUCAAAAUUCAGUGUCUGAAACCAGUAAAGGGUUUGAUAAAGCCAAACAGCCAUAACCUAGAUGUGUACAAAUUGUAUAUUUUGAUGGCAGAAGGCUCAUUUGAUUCAGUGCAGGGAUGGACAACUUUGUGGCAUUUGAUAAUUGUUUCAAACUGCUCUAAGUUCUUUUUUUGGUUAAAUGUAAUCCUAACUAUUUAACUUUUUUUCCCACUUUAAAUCCAGAUUUCUAGUUCUUCUUCCUUUGUCAUUUUCAUUGUCAUCAUUACCGUCUUUUCUUGAUUUAUCUUGAAGCCUGAACAAUGAUCAAAUUCUCUUAAUGUCACCAGAGGUCUCUCCAUAUUGUCACUGGGUUCUUCCAAAAGGAUAACUAAAUUGUCUGCAAAAUUAUUUCCUGUAAUUAUUUCCUUUUAUCUCGGCCCCUUGCAUUAAUGGGUCAUGUCCAGUCUUCUGAUUUAGUACUUCCAAUACAAUUUUAAAUAAAAAUGGAAAUAAAGAACAGCCUUGAUAUUUGAUGGCUCACACUGUGCUAUUGCUAAUGCUUCAGGCUGCACCCUUCAUCUUCUGCUGCUGAUGAUGUUCCUGCCAAAAUUCAACAGAAAGUGCAGUGGCUCUGAAUAAGGGUUUUAGAGCACUAUAGGAAAUCACAGGGCAGGUUGGUUUUCUUUAUUCCCUUGCUAAAGGGGUCAACAGGAGGAGGACAAACUGCUGUGGUUUUGGUGGUGCAGAAAGUGGUGGCAGAAUAUGUGAUAGGUCAUGUGGGGACUGUAAAAAGAGGGUUCCAUGGAGCUCACAGGGCACAUGUCCACCUUCUUGCAGUUGUCUCCUAUCCUGAAGAGAUUCAGACUUCGGAGGGGGGCUAAGGCUUGCAGCUUGGUAGUGUUUGAGAAUCCCUAGGUGGGUUUUUCGUUGUUGUUGUUGUUGUUGUUGUUGUUGAAACUCAAGCAGUCUUCUACAGUUUUGAAUGGCCAUGUGGCAACUGUGCAGGUUCCUGGUUUGCCAUGCACUCUUCAUGAGAACACUUUUAAGAAGAAUAUGAAACUUUUUCAUAGUUCAGAACAUAAUAAACCACAGAUUGCAGGAAUUCAAUGCUAGAAACUCUGGCUACUGAAAAAGGGAAACAGAAGAAUCAGUUCAUAAAGAAAGGUUUUUCUGAAACACAUCAGCAGGACAAAUACAAGCCUUUUUUUAAAAAGCAACACACAGCUUAACAAUGCUUUGUGCCACAAAAACACCAAAAUACAUCUCUCAUUUUACUCAUAUUUAAAGACCUGAACAGCCUGGGACCAAGAUAUCUCAAAGCCAUCCUAUCUUAUAAGGGUUUUCUCCCUCCCAUAAUUAGAUCAUCUUUUGAUCUUAUUCUGCUAUAUCCUCCAAUCUGACAUGAGAUUAUAACUAUAAGGAGCAGUUUCUUUCCUCAUUCAUAGCAAGCUUGUUCAUUGCUGGCUUUUAGGUUACUAAUAAAUAUUUUCCAAAAUGCAAGUCUAAGACAGUAAUUGUUAAUAUAAGCCUCCUGUUGCUUAUCAUUUUACAGUCAUGGGUUUGGCUUCUUUCUCUCCCCCCCCCCCAGUUGUUAAUAUUUUAUGCCUGCAAACAAUCAAUGUAUUCAUUUAGCAUAUUUUAAAUUACCAAACCUUUCUUAUUUAAGUCAACAACCAGUAUAGGCCAAAAGGGGGUAUACAUAUUUAAUAUAAAAAUACGACAAGAUGCAACUAAGUUUCCUCUAACAUUUUACAUAGGAAAUACUCUUGUUUGCGCUUAACCUCUACUCUAACAUUUAGGAAAGCAGUCUGGUGAAUACCCUUCCAGAAUAUGUUUCUGUAGGCUGUAAUGAAGAGGGAGUGAGUCAAAACACUAGACCCAAUUUUAUUUGUUAGAUCAUAUUAAACAUAUUGAGUAGGUGGUGAGGGUGAAGAAAAGGACUAUGAAGAUCACUGACUAUAUUCUAGCUCACCCAGCAAGUUACUUGGCUGGUCGUCCUGCAUUUGAUCACUGUGCAUUCAACUCUUCCUAGAGCCUAUUCUCCUGGUAUGUCCACCAUUUAGGAUUUCAUUAAGUCCAGCAUGGUUUCCCAGGCCUAAUAUCUACUGGCUGUAAUGCAAUUUCCUAUUAUACCAGUAUAUGUGCGUUUUUGGCUGUGGACAAAGGAGGUAUUCAAUACCUCUUUGUGCAAUGACUGCCUUCUACACAUUGCAAUGGAACUUUUCAUCAUUGGAGCACACUUCAAAGGUAAGCCUAAUGACUUGCUGGAGAUCCUCUGUUCUUUUCUCCCAGCUGUGAAACUACAGGCAAAUGCUGGUCAGGAGCUCCUCUGGCCUCUGCUAAACACAAACUGACCAUGAGAGAAUGCUGGAGUACUGCAAGUGUCCAUUGUACUGGAGGGGAAGGUAGAAGGGAAUACCCAGCUUUAAUUUCUGCCAGUAAUUUAAGAUGUCUGCUAUUUCUGGAUCUUAGAAAGACAAUGAAUAGCUAUAGUGCUAUAUAUCACAAUGAAAAUCUAUCAUUAUAUGCAGUUGAGGAGAGAGCAAGGGAAAGAAGAAACAAGUCAUACAUUUCUUGUUGUUUCAGCAAACAAGCCUGACCUGAAGUUGUCAGUCUGACCUGAACUGACUCAGUCUAGCUAUUGGUAGAAGGAGGCUUCCUGAACCUAUAUAGUUGCAGUUCUGUCUUUUUCAGCCAAGUUGGAAGCCUGCAUCCCCAUUUGAGAAAAUAUCCAUCAGGUCAAGGUGGACUCAUAAAAACAGUCUUAGGGGCUAUACAGAUGGGCAGCAUGCAGCUGCCCCUUUUUGCCCUGGAUCGGUGCCACAGCAACCGCACGCAGCGACACUGACCCUGCAGGGAGCAAAAAAAAGCUGUGAAAAGUAGCUUAUUUUUAGCUCUCUGCAAGGGGAUUCAUAUGCACACUGGCAUGCCAUGAUGAUACCCCUUCAGCGUUAUGCCAUUUAGGUGCUGCACCAGAGAUGCGUCAUGAUGGCACAUGCCAUCUAGAAGGGUGUGCACCAAAAUGGCACCCAGGAAGCAUUCUUAGGGCUUGGAGCGAGUGGAUGCUCAGCCGUCACCUCACUCACAGGCCGGGACAAAGUGCGAGUCUGUAUAGCCACUUAGUUUCUCAAUGAGCACCUCAUACCAGUCGUGACCUUUCAUUCAAACCCCUUAAAAGACUUCAAUGUUUUAUUUUUCAUGUUGCUGUUCUGAUUCAGGUACAAUUUUGGGCUUUUAUAAGAAGAUUUGCCACUUAUCAAGAAGUAAUUUGGACUGUUUAUUUUUGCCUGAAACAGAAAUGACUCCCAGAGCUUCUAUAUCUAUGUUAAGAACUACGACUAUAGCAGGUUCUCUUUGCCAUGGUGCCUCUGGCCCUUUCUACAAAAAUUUUAACUCUUUAUUCAUUCCAGUACUGUUGUACCCACUCUACUACAUUGACUAGUCAAGGAUCUGUUCAAUUCACUCCAGAAUGUUUGUCAUCUUAGAUAUAAACAUAACAUUACUUUAAAUAUAAGACCCCUAAAUAUUAAACAAAGACUUCAGUGCCAAAACCAAGUUAGCCUGUUUGUUUCAAGAGCAUGUGUGAAAACAGAGAGAAAGGGGGAAAGCAAAUAAACAUGCCUUACUGGCAACCCCAAGCAUGUUUUUAAAACGGAUAGAUCUAGAAGUGUGACCACCAAAAUAGAAAUCAUAAGAAAAGUGGAGAUUGGUGAAAUUCAAAGUCAUCUGUGAGUGCAUUUUGGUAAAAGCCUCUGGGCUGAAACUAGGGACUUUAUCAGGGAGAAUGCAAAAAGCAGCUAUUUGUAGGCAAAAAGAAACAAAAGCCUCACUCACUGAUGGAUGAAUAAAAGACAAGACAGAAAAAUAAGAGGUAACAGAAAAAGGAUCAGAAUCCUGAAUGCCACUGUUCAGCCUGAUGUACACAAGGAGAAAUAGAACUAUUGUAAUAAUCAGUGUAAAUAAAUAGAAGACAAUACAAAGAGAAGAACCUCUUUGGUAAGAUCUGAGAAACUGAAAGGGAACUGAAAAGAGGAUGUUAUAUGACAAACGGGGGGGGGGGGGGGCACAAAUGAUCAAGGAGAAAUAAAAAGAGGAAGGAAGCAGCACAUUGAGGAACACUAUUAAAAAAUGAAACAAUGUCAGAUACCUUCAAGGAAGAAUCAACUGAAGAUGAAUCCAUAAUUUUGCUAAAUCCAGUUAAAAAGGCUCUCCAAGCAUUUGAGAGAAAUAAAUCACUAGGAACACAUGGCAUUGAACUCAUGCAGCUGGUUGAUCAGCUAUGGAUUUCAAGUUAUGGAUCAGUAAGUCAAAUUCCAGUUCUUCAGAGAAGUCUCAUUGCUGCAAUGGGUUAAUAAGCAUUUGCUUUCCGUCAGAAGUGAAAAGCUUGAUUGAUCUUUGCUUCUAUUUUCCAUGACAGGACAAUUGUUUCUUUGUGUUUAGGUUUCUCUUGUGAGCCACAUAUACUGUAAGGCAGUAACCCGGAUGUCACAGUCUUGUUGAGAAGUUUUACUGGAAAGCUGCAGAUUAGCUCAGGAGAAGGUGCCUUGAAGAUUGUGAGCCAGAAUAUUUAUUGUUAAAAUGGUUAAACAAAGUUAUAUAAUUGAUAGCCUAUAAAUGGAAACUGGAAUAUCUGCCAAAUUAUUUUCGUUCAAACUUCUGUGGAACAUGGUCAUGACUCCUAACUAGUCAUUUGGAUCCUAGAAAGAAUUUCAACAGACCAUGUUGGUGCUUCUAAUUCUUUCUUCACUUAUCCUGGCUGUGCCCACCCAAAAAACUACCAGCUCAGCUGCACGUCGCAUUGUUCCAGGAUGGUUUCCAAAUGCUUGUACGCUAGUUAUAUGUUCACCUCCUGAGAGAAGUUCCAAGGAAGAAAAUGGAGAGCAAGAAUUACCAGGAAUACAAGCACUAUGGGGACCACCCACCACUCCUGGACCAAAAGGAGGACAGGGAUCAAGAGGAUACAAUAAACUUCCAGAGCUUCAGUUUCUUCAAACCCAGAUAAAGGAUUUGCAAGCACAACUGGACAUUUUCAAAGCUGCAGUCACCAAAACCCAGGAAGUUCUCCUUGCCCCCAAUGGUGUGAUUGUGGGUGAAAAAAUAUUCAAAACAGAUGGCUCCAAGGGUGAUUAUGAUGCUGCACAAGCCAACUGUGAGCACAUGGGUGCCACGCUUGCUGUACCAAGGGAUGUCGCCGAGAACAAAGCCCUCCAGAAGAUAGUGACAUGGCACAACAGAAGAGCAAUUCUUGGGAUCAAUGACAUGGCAACAGAAGGCAUAUUUAAAGAUCUGAAUGGCCAAGUCAUUCAAUACUCAAACUGGGCACCAGGAGAACCAAAUAAUGCUGGCAAUGAAGAUUGUGUAGAAGUGCAUCCAGAUGGCAAGUGGCAUGAUAGAGGUUGCACUCUUGAGUGGUUAGUCAUCUGUGAAUUCUAAAAUCUAUCUAUCUAUCUAUCUAUCUAUCUAUCUAUCUAUCUAUCUAUCUAUCUAUAUUUAUAUAUAUAUUGCAAAAAAUAAGAACAUCAUCAAUUUAAUGGGGAACAGAUUGUUUUGAUUGUAUAAGCUUUUGCUUUGAAGAAUAUGUUAAAUACAUGCUUUUCAGCAUCAGUUUUCACUCUAUAUAGUACAUUUUCACUGCAUGUAGAAAGAUGUACUGCUCAGCUUUCAAUGAAUUAAUAGAGUCCUACCAACAUUUGUUGCUUCUAAUUUUUCGGUUGUUACCCAGCUCACAGUAUCCCAGCACUACAUCUUUUCAAAUACAUUCACUUGAGCAAUAAAAAAAAUCUGAGAGGACCAGAGUCUUCUGACAGUGGAGUGAAAGAGAGGCCAUCGCUCAGUGCAAAAGAUCCCAAACUCAGUCUAAUUUAAUGUAUUUCAUUACCUCUUGUUUAAAAGCUAGUGGGUUGUAUUAUUAUUGUUAUUUUUUUCUCUUCUGGGUUUUAGCUGGUAUGAUCCAGUUGAGCGGAAACUGGAUACUUCCAACUGUCUCAGUUUGAUAGGGGCAGUCCCAAUUAGUCUUCCAUUAUCCUACUCUUUCAACUGCUUUUUUAAAGUCUCCAUUUUUUCUUCUCCUCCCACUUUCACCCUUUCACCUCCAUUUAUUUCAUUUGUUGCACACUGAAAUAUCAGCACAAAACCACAGGUAAACAUAAAUAUCUAUAUUCUCAAAC